AUGAAGUUCACCCUGGGCCCGGGGUCGCGGGCGUGGAGAGUGUCCUGGGAGGGGGCAGCAGCGGCGGCGGCAGGCCCUGGAGCGGGCGGCAGCGCGCUCGGCUGCCGCGCACAGCGCUUCUCCAGCCCGCGGCUGGGCCGCCGCGGCUCUCGGCUCUCGCGCGCCCUCCCUCUAUGCCUCUCCCGCGGCGGCGGCGGCGCCCAAGCACUCCCGGACUGCUCCGGGCCCAGCCCCGGCCACCCCGGCCACCCCGGCGCCAGGCAGCUGGCCCGCCCGCGAGCUAUGGAGCAGACGUAUGGCGAGGUGAACCAGCUGGGCGGUGUGUUCGUCAACGGCCGCCCCCUGCCCAACGCCAUCCGCUUGCGCAUUGUGGAGCUGGCGCAGCUGGGCAUCCGACCCUGUGACAUCAGUCGGCAGCUCCGCGUAUCCCACGGCUGCGUGAGCAAGAUCCUGGCGCGCUACAACGAGACCGGCUCCAUUCUGCCCGGGGCCAUCGGGGGCAGCAAGCCCCGCGUCACCACUCCCAACGUGGUCAAGCACAUCCGGGACUACAAGCAGGGAGACCCUGGCAUCUUUGCCUGGGAGAUCCGCGACCGGCUGCUGGCCGACGGCGUCUGUGACAAGUACAAUGUGCCCUCGGUGAGCUCCAUCAGCCGCAUCCUGCGCAACAAGAUAGGCAGCCUGGCGCAGCCCGGACCGUACGAGGCAAGUAAGCAGCCGCCGUCGCAGCCUACGCUGCCCUACAACCACAUCUACCAGUACCCCUACCCCAGUCCCGUGUCGCCCACGGGCGCCAAGAUGGGCAGCCACCCCGGGGUCCCGGGCACGGCGGGCCACGUCAGCAUCCCGCGCUCAUGGCCCUCGGCACACUCGGUCAGCAACAUCCUGGGCAUCCGGACGUUUAUGGAGCAAACAGGGGCCCUGGCUGGGAGCGAAGGCACCACUUACUCUCCCAAGAUGGAAGACUGGGCUGGCGUGAACCGCACGGCCUUCCCCGCCACCCCCGCAGUGAAUGGGCUCGAGAAACCUGCCUUAGAGGCAGACAUUAAAUACACUCAGUCGGCCUCCACCCUCUCUGCCGUGGGCAGCUUUCUCCCCGCCUGCGCCUACCCGGCCUCCAACCAGCACGGGGUGUACAGCGCCCCGGGCGGCGGCUACCUAGCCCCGGGCCCGCCGUGGCCGCCUGCGCAAGGCCCUCCGCUGGCGCCCCCCGGAGCCGGCGUAGCUGUGCAUGGCGGGGAACUCGCGGCAGCAAUGACCUUCAAGCAUCCCAGCCGAGAAGUGGCUGACAGGAAGCCUCCCAGCCCCGGCAGCAAGGCCCCGGACGCCCUCAGUAGCUUACACGGACUGCCCAUCCCGGCCUCGACCUCCUAGGGGCAGCUCUCCGUGGACCCGAGCCCGGAGGAAACGGCAGGCGGACCCGGGCGCACAGGGCUGCGCGGCGGCCCCGGCAACCGGCGCGGGCAGGAUCGGAGGACGCGCGGCGGAGGAAGCCAGCGCCGGCCCGCGGGGUGCACGCCCACUAGCCCCCAGGCCCAGCCCUGCCUAUGGCAGGACCCACCACACUUCCUUUAUUGGCCUGGGUUUUUAGGCUUCUCUGAACUUUGGCUUUGGACUGUCGCACCCUCCUCACAAUCCUUGCUCUGACGUGGCGUCCUUCGCUCUGCCAGCCUCAAAUUUCUUUUUUGUCACUCUCUUGUCCUUCUCCGUCUCUCCUCUCUCCCUCUUUCCUUCCCCCCUCUUUCUUUCUCAGUCUCCCUCCUUUCCCUUUCUCUUUCCCUUCCUCCCUACCUUCCACCCCGGCUUUCCCCGACCUUCCAGGGCUCCCUCUGCCCUUCCACUCUCGUUUCCUUGCUCCGACCUCUGCUCCAGUCCUGCUCCUUCCCCGUCUCCUCUAUCUACUCCUCUUAUGCUCUCAGCCCUUUUUCCUGGUCCAUCCCUGUCGUUCCCUCUCCUCUGUCUCUCUUGUUCUACUGUCAAGGGCCCUGAUUCCCUUUGUUUUACUGCUUCCCCAACCCUCCCUCAGUCCCUGAGAGCCCUAGAGCCAUCUUGGUGACAGUCCCUUCUCUGGCACCUGGGACUUUGUAGCCUUCACUCCUCUGAGCCCCCCAGCCCUAAUGGAGGGGGGCUCAAACCUAGGAAGUGGACAGAAAAGCCACAGCCUUUAUUUUAUAUAUAUUUUUGUAAUAACAAACCCUAAAAAACCCUCCAGGAACUGUCCUCUCCCGUCGAUCCCCGCAGCAUAUUGUCUGGAAAUCUGUUUUCUCGGAGCCCACUGGCCGCCGGGCUUCUCUUUCCUUCUGAGAUGAUGUCACCCCAAAGAAAACUGGGGUAGGAGUAAGGAGUACGGGGUUGUUGGUGUUUUCAGUGCUUAGAAAACUGGGUGUCCUGCAGGUGUCUCCUCCCACCCCUCCUCUCGCAACACUUGCUAGGGAAUCCGACCAGUGGUAAACACAUCAGCACUUUUUGGUGUUCAGGGGUCAGCACAUUUGUUAAUUUAAACCACAAACUGCUUCCAGGUACAAAGGUUCAUUUGGACUUCUGGUUUGCAAGGGAUGGGGAUUAAAAACAAAACAAACAAACAACAACAACAACAAAACAACCCAGAAAGUAUCUUCUAGAGCCAGCCACAAGAGCUGUGAACUGCUUCCAAGUCAGGCGAGCUGGUGGUGGUCCCCUGGACAUAAUGCCAUUCUGUAGUCGUAGCAAUAUCCCUGGCGAGAGCCUAACAUCGCCUGUUAAAGGUGGCUGCCUCUGAAUAAAGGAAAGCGUCUGAAAGGUG